AUGUCACUGUCUGUGCUACUCGUGUUCCUGCUUGGGGUCUUCGUUCUCUGGAAACCCAUGGCCAAGUUUUUGUUGGGCACUGGAAGGCUGGACGAGGUAGCGGGGCCUAGGAAGGAGCAUUGGCUGACUGGGAAUUUCCACCGUUUGUUCAGAGACGGUUACAGCUAUCACGACCAGCUGGUGCGCCAGUAUGGUGGCGUCUGCAAAGUCCAUGGGAUGCUCGGAGUCGCCAACCUCAUGGUAUCCGACCCUCGGGCUCUACACCAAAUCGUCGUCAAAGAGCAGGACGUCUAUCAAGAGACCGACAUGUUCCUCAUCUCCAACCGGUUGAUCUUUGGCGAAGGUCUGAUUUCAACCGUCGGCGAACAACAUAAGAAACAGCGGAAGAUGCUCAAUUCAGUCUUCUCCCUUGCAAACAUGCGCGCGGUCUUGCCCGUAAUCCAGCCGAUUGCGGACACACUUCUCGGCCAGCUUUGUGCAGCGCUUCCGGAGGACGGUGGCGCCAAAGAGAUAGAUGUGCUCCCGUGGAUGGCACGAGGUACCCUGGAAUACGUCGGCCGAGGGAUCCUUGGGAUCUCCCUUGGGACGCUCGAUCCUUCCGAGGCUGGCGAAUACAUUGGCUACGCGAACGCGAUACGCUCUAUCAACCCCGUAGGGAUGAAGCUGCGAUCGUUGCGUCCGUUCAUUCCCAUGAUUGUGCGGAACAUCUCGCGUUUCUGGCGGAAUAAGCUGGUCGAUUGGCUUCCGGUUCCGGCCCUGCGCGACAUGCGCGACAUCUCAUACGUGCUGCACGCGUCCGCAAGGCGCAUGAUCGAAGAGAAGAAAGUUGAGAUGGAGCGUGGCGAUGGCUCGAAGAAGAAGCACCUCAUGAACAUUAUGCUCCAAGCCAAUAUGUCGACGUCGGAAACAGACCGUCUCACCGAGGACGAGCUUAUCGGCCAGAUAAACACGCUCUUCCUAGGUGGUCAAGAGACGACGACGUCGGCCCUCGCCCGCAUCCUUCACAUCCUCGCGGGUGAACAAUCGGCGCAAGCGCGCCUGCGCGCCGAGGUCCGCCAAGCAAAGCUAGCGCUCGCCGCCGAGGGUCUGGAGCGCGUGAGCCUGCCCUACGACGCACUCGUCAGUCUCCCGUAUCUGGACGCGGUGGUGCGCGAGACGCUGCGCUUGUAUCCGCCCACGAAUCUGCUGAACCGCACCGCGACAAAGGACGCCACCCUUCCGCUGGAGUUCCCUGUCCGCUCGACCUCCGGGAGGCUGCUUCACGCGAUCCACGUCCCCGCCGGAACGAACAUCCUCAUGGACCUCCUUGGCGCGAAUCGCAACCGGGAAGUCUGGGGAGAAGACGCGGCUGAAUGGCGUCCAGAACGCUGGCUCGGCGCCUCGAGGAACCGCUACGGAUCAGGCAGUCUCGACCUCGCAUUUGGGGAGGAGGCUCCAGAGCGGGUCAUGGAUGCCACCCCGGGAUCAAAGAGGGGCAUUCGGUAUCCCGGAGUCUAUGCUAGCAUGAUGACUUUCCUCGGCGGUUCGCGCGCUUGCAUCGGCUUCAAGUUUGCUGAGAUGGAAAUCAAACAAAUCAUAUCAACUCUUGUCUCCCAGGUUCACUUCGCGCUUCCCUCUGCAAUGAACGAGGAAGGGAUUCGGAAGGAGAUUCACUGGCGUAUGGAUGGCCUGCAGGUUCCCGUGGUCCGUCCACCCCAUGGUGAUCUUACGACGAUGCAGGUCCCUCUGGAUAUCAGGUCCGUCAGAGAGACAGACUUCCUGUAGUCUAUGUCGAUUGCGAACGCC